AGUCCGGGUGUAGUCUCUACUCUGUAUAUAUAUACAUACAAUCAGUUUCUCUCUCCUCCUCACCGUCUUCUACAAAAGCCAUACACAGCCAUUUUCCUCCUCCACUACUCAUAGUCUCAACUUCAAUGGCGUCCAAAACCGCUGUCAUAGCCUGGGGUUCGGGAGAAGACGGGCAGUUGGGAAUCGGAAACAACGAAGAGAGAGAAUGGGUUUGCGCAAUCAAAGCUCUCCAGACCGAGACAGUGCGCUCCGUUGUCGCGGGCAGUCGAAACUCACUCGCCAUUUGCGAUGACGGCAAGCUAUUUACUUGGGGUUGGAACCAAAGAGGAACUUUGGGGCACCCACCUGAGACCAAAACUGAGACCAUCCCCAGUCAGGUUAAAGCCCUUGCUAAUGUCAAAAUUGUUCAGGCAGCUAUUGGAGGGUGGCAUUGUUUGGCUGUUGACGAUCAAGGCAGAGCUUAUGCUUGGGGUGGGAAUGAGUACGGCCAGUGUGGUGAAGAACCUGAGCGGAAAGAUGACACUGGUAGGCCUUUGAAGAGGGAUAUCAUAAUUCCACAGAGAUGUGCAUCAAAGCUUUCCGUUCGUCAGGUGGCUGCUGGAGGUACACACUCAGUGGUGCUUACUCGUGAAGGACAUGUUUGGACCUGGGGUCAACCAUGGCCACCUGGAGACAUAAAACAAAUUUCCACUCCAAUGAGAGUGCAAGGUCUUGAAAGGGUACGAAUAAUUGCAGUUGGGGCUUUUCACAAUCUGGCUCUCCUUGAGGAUGGAAUUUUGUGGGCGUGGGGGAACAAUGAAUACGGACAACUUGGAACAGGGGAUACCCAGCCAAGAUCACAACCUAUUCCUGUCCAAGGGCUGUCUGGUCUUACUUUGGUUGAUAUUGCUGCUGGAGGAUGGCAUUCUACUGCCCUGACGGAUGAUGGAGAGGUAUAUGGUUGGGGUAGAGGAGAACAUGGGAGGCUUGGAUUCGGAGAUGAUAAGAGCAGUAAAAUGGUGCCUCAGAGGGUUCAACUUCUUGUAGAGGAAGAUAUUAUUCAGGUGUCUUGUGGGGGAACCCAUUCAGUUGCACUGACGCGUGAUGGCCACAUGUUUUCGUUUGGCCGAGGUGACCAUGGGCGUCUAGGAUACGGGAGAAAAGUAACUACUGGUCAUCCCUCGGAGGUGCCCAUAAACCUCCCACCACCAAAAAAUCUCAGCGGUGGGGAAACCGAUGGACGUUGGUGCGCAAAGUUUGUUGCUUGUGGUGGCCGUCACACGUUAGCAACAGUAGAAUGGCAUCCUGAUGAAUCUUAAGAGUUGAACAUGGAGUGUUGCUAUCACAACAUAUGCUCAAGAUCAAAUAGAUUCAGAGCUCUGUAUAACUAUGUCAUGUUCAUCAGAGAGUAGACCGUCCAUUGAUUUUCUAUUCACACGUUUUACAUUCUCCGGCAAUUAUGAAGCACAAUAAUUGCCGGAGAAUUCUCUAUUUAUGCAUGAAAUUGUUACUACCACCCCAGAUGUAGUUAUGCAGUUUAAACGUUACGAUGGACUUAAUUUUGUGACGUGGCUAGAAGCCAUUGGUUUCUAUAUUUUCAUCAAAUUUGAAGAACAAGAAAGCAUCGGUAGUUUUUA